CUCUUUAGCUUUUGAUUAGAGAGAAAGCAAUGUUAGCACUGAAGGCUUGUCUGAGACUAGUAGCUGAAAGGGAAGACAAGGAAACCAUCAGCAUUCGCUAUUAUGAGUUGGCAUAUAAAGAAGCAGUAUCUGGACUGGUGGAUGGUGUUGGCAGUGUCAGUGGUAGUGGGUCUAAGGAUAAAGCUGGUAACCUUGGGAGAGAUGAUCGUAUUCAUGGAUCACUGCUCAUCAUUAAUGAGCUGAUCAUGAACUGUGCUUUCCCUGAUGAAAGUGUUCGUGAGGAGUUGUUGGAAGAUCAUGAAAGUGAAGAUGUGAUGGGACUCUCUUCACUCAUCAAUUGUUCUGAAGCUAAGUCUGUCUCUUACUCCAGUGCAGCCAAGAAUCAGGACACUGGAG